AGGGGGCGGAGUAAAGUGUGUGUGCAGGAGAGGAGUCGAGCAGAGAGAGCUGCUUUUUCGUGAAACGGGAGUAAAGUAGUAAACUUACAGGAUCAUAUACAACUACCUACUUUUCAAUCGAUAUCUGCAUCGAUCUACCCACCGUUGUCUCUUGGAUUGCAGCUGAGAUCAGCGCGAACCACGUGUGUCUCAGCUUCCUGAUCUGUUAACUGUGUUUGGAAAGGCUUCUAGCUUAAUCACAGAGUUCUCUUGUUCGUGGGCUCAUCUAAAGGAGCAGAAGAGUCUGUUGGAGCACCAGAGGAACAAUUUCAGCCAUUUAGACUCAGCUCAGCCACUAUAGAGGAAACAAUGUCUUCAACACAAAAGGACCAACAUGGAGCGAGAAAUCAGCGCUCUCAGGAGGCCGACAAACCUCACAGAAGAAAGGGAGAGAAAACAUACAGCUGUGAUGAGUGUGGAAAGUGUUUUACCCGGGCAGAAAACUUAAAAACACACCAAUUCAUCCACAGUGGAGUUAAACAUUACAGCUGUGAUUUGUGUGGAAAGUCAUUUACCCAGCCUGGAGGCUUAAAAACACACCAACUCAUCCACAGUGGAGUUAAAGCAUACAGCUGUGAGUUCUGUGAAAAGUCUUUUACCCAGGCUGGAGACUUAAAAAGACACCAAGUCAUCCACAGUGGAGUUAAAGCGUACAACUGUGAGUUGUGUGGAAAGUCUUUUGCCCUUGCUCAAAGCUUAAAAAAGCACCAACUCAUACACAGUGGAGUUAAAUCUUACAGCUGUGAGUUGUGUGAAAAGUCUUUUACCCUUGCUCAAAGCUUAAAAAAGCACCAACUCAUCCACAGUGGAGUUAAAUCUUACAGCUGUGAGUUGUGUGGAAAGUCUUUUGCCCGGGCUGGAGGCUUAAAGAAACACCAUCUCAUCCACAGUGGAGUUAAACUUUACAGCUGUGACUUGUGUGGAAAGUCUUUUGCCCAGGCUGGAAACUUAAAAACACACCGACUCAUCCACAGUGGAUUUAAACCUUACAGCUGUGACUUGUGUGGAAAGUGUUUUACCCAGGCUGGAGACUUAAAAAACCACCAUGUCAUCCACAGUGGAGUUAAAUCCUACAGCUGUGACUUGUGUGGAAAGUCUUUUGCCCGGGCUGAAGGCUUAAAAAAACACCAACUCAUCCACAGUGAAGUUAAACCUUACAACUGUGACUUGUGUGGAAAGUGUUUUACCCGGGCUGGAAGCUUAAAAACACACCAACUCAUCCACAGUGAAGUUAAACCUUACAGCUGUGACUUGUGUGGAAAGUCUUUUGUCCGGGCUGAAGGCUUAAAAACACACCAACUCAUCCACAGUGGAGUUAAACCUUACAGCUGUGACUUGUGUGGAAAGUCUUUUACCCGGGCUGGAGACUUAAAAAAACACCAACUCAUUCACAGUGGAUUUAAACCUUACAGCUGUGACUUGUGUGGAAAGUCUUUUGCCUGGGCUGGAGACUUUAAAAAGCACCAACUCAUCCACAGUGGAGUUAAACCUUACAGCUGUGACUUGUGUGGAAAGUCUUUUACCCGGACUGGACACUUAAAAAAACACCAACUCAUCCACAGUGGAGUUAAACCUUACAGCUGUGACUUGUGUGGUAAAGCUUUUGCUCAAAGUCGAAACUUACAGAAGCAUCUAGUUACCCACUCUGGAAUUAAGGCGUACAGCUGCGACUUUUGUGGAAAAACUUUCAGUGAAAAAAGGUACCGAAAUAUUCACCUACGGAUUCACACUGGAAAUGAUGUUUCCUAUUGUGAUCAGUGUGGAAAACUGUUUACAACAGAUGCACAAUUACAACUCCACUUGUUUACCCACACUGAGGAGAGACCUUAUAAAUGUGACCUGUGUGAGAAGACUUUUAAAGCUCCACAUUACCUGAAAAAACACCAACAGAUCCACACCAGAAAGUAACUCUAGAAGUGCAGUUACUGUGAGGUAUGUAUUGAUUUUUUAUCUUGUAAUUUUAACCUGGUUGUUUGGAACAAGUCUGAUUAGUAAACUUAUGAAGUUAUACUGAAUGAACAGUUUGGAAAAUGAAAAGUCAUUUUCGCUCGGUAAGCUGAGUGUUAUAUUGUAAACAGUAAAAUGUAAUUGGACAUUACAGAGAUCACUUACGCUGUUAUUGUUUAGAAGUGGAGCAAAGCACAUGGAUCCAGUUCUUAACCCUGUCGUCACUGUGGUGGUGGGAAAAAUGUUUCUCUGUGACCUUUGUGGAAAAACCUCCAAUCAUCAACGGGGCCUUAAACCAUGUCAACGUAGACACACUGGAGACAAAAUGAACUACUGCAAAGAAUGUGGGAGAGGCUUCCACACUCCAAGUACAUUAAAAAUACAUGAACUCUCCAGCCCAGGUGAAAAAGCACAUCUGUGACCAGUGUGGGUCAUCCUUCACCACUGCACGUGAGCUUAAUGAACUAGAAUUAGCUAAUCCACACAGGAGAGACACCAUACAAGUGCAGACACUGUGACAAAAGCUUCUCACAAUCAGGUCAUCGUAACAAACAUGGUAAAUGGACUGAUUCUUAUAUAGCGCUUUUCUACUCUCACAGAGUGCUCAAAGCGCUCUACACAACAUGCCUCAUUCACCCAAUCACACAAGCACUUCAUCUACACUUAGUGCUUUCUAACGACAUUCAUACUCCGAUGGAUGCAUCGGAGAGCAAGUUGGAGUUAGUAUCUUGCCUAAGGAUACUUAACAUGCAGACUGGAGGAGCCAGGGAUCGAA